ACUCGACACUGGGGUGCUGUAUAAUGUAGGCUGGUAUGAUUGGGUUCAUGGUAUACCAGAUCAUGGCGUAGAUUUGAUAACAUAUGCCUGUGUAAACAGGAUAUAUGGUUGCACAGGCGCAGUUAUGUGUUGUUUGUAUGUCGUGCUCCUACACUCACACACGGAACCACCAAUGGGAGUCUGUCGCCAUUAAGCAACGACCCGCUUGACCUUCAAUCGUCAUGUCGGAUCUGAGGUUUGACGGACGUGUCGUCGUGGUGACGGGCGCCGGCGGAGGCCUCGGCCGUGAGUACGCGUUGCUGUUUGCCGAGCGAGGCGCCGACGUUGUCGUCAACGACCUCGGCGGCAGCGCGUCCGGCGACGGCGGCGGUGACGUGCGGCCGGCCGAUCUCGUCGUCGAGGAGAUCCGCGCGCGCGGCGGCAGCGCCGUCGCCAACCACGACUCGGUGGAGGACGGCGAGCGAAUCGUGCGCGCCGCCGAGGCCGCGUUCGGCCGCGUCGACGUCGUCGUCAACAACGCGGGGAUCCUGCGCGACCGCUCGUUCGCGCGCACGAGCGACGCGGACUGGGACGGCGUGCAGCGCGUGCACGCGCGCGGCGCGUUCGCCGUGACGCGCGCCGCGUGGCCCGGCAUGCGCGCGCGCGGCUACGGACGCGUCGUCGUCACCUCGUCCGCCGCGGGACUGUUCGGAAACUUCGGGCAGGCGAACUACGCGGCGGCGAAGAUGGCGCUCGUCGGCCUGAGCAACACGCUCGCGAUAGAGGGCGCCGCGUACGGCAUCUGCUGCAACGCAGUGGUGCCGACGGCGGGAUCGCGGCUGACGCGCGGCGUGUUCCCAGGCGAGCUGGUCGACGCGCUCAAGCCCGAGUACGUGGCGCCGCUCGUCGCCUAUCUCUGCCACGAGUCGUGCGAGGAGACGGGAGGAGUGUUCGAGGCCGGAGCGGGGUGGAUCGGCAAGCUGAGGUGGGAGAGAUCGCAGGGAAGGAUCGUGCGGGAGAAGGGGAAGCGAAUGACGCCCGAGGCAGUGCGAGACAGCUGGGAGGGCAUCACCGACAUGACAAGCGCCAGCCAUCCGAGCAGCAUUCAGGAAUCGACGGCUACUCUUGUCGAUGUGUUGGAGAAAAUAAACGAAGGCCACACGACUUCCCCCGGCAAUGCAGGCGACCCAUCCGCGAGCGGCAUUGCCGUUGCCACGACGACCGUAGAAGCGGCCGUGAGUGACGUCACCGUUGCCACGGCGACUGACGACGCGGCCGCGAGCGACGCCGCUGUUGCCACGGCGACCGACGACGCGGCGGCGGCGGUAGCGAAGCUACGCGACGCGGCGAUCGAGCCGAGCGUGAUACGCUACACCGACCGCGACGUCAUUCUUUACCACCUCGGCAUCGGCUGCUCCGUCGCCGACGCCGGCUCGCUCAAGUUCCUCUACGAGGGAAGCGAUGACUUCUCCGUCGUGCCGACCUUCUCGACGACGUGCUGCGACCUGGUGGCGGCGUUUGGCGCCGUCGGCUCGGCGAUCGAGUUUGACCUCAGCCGGUUCCUGCACGGCGAGCAGUACACGGAAGUGUACGGCGCACUGCCGACCGACGCCACGCUCAUCACCACCUACCGCAUCGCCGACGUCCUCGACAAGACGUCCGGUGCCGCGAUCGUCAUCGUCAUGGAGACGCGCGACGAGCGCGGCCGCAAGGUGGCGCUCAACCAGGCGGUCGGCUUCCUUAUAGGCGCCGGCGGCUUCGGCGGCCCGCGCACCUCUCGCGAGCAGGUGCCGACGGUGGCGCCCCCCACGGGGCCGCCGCACGACGUCGUCGUCGAGCGGACGAGCGUCGACCAGGCGGCGCUGUACCGGCUCAGCGGCGACCGCAACCCGCUGCACGUGGACGCGGCGUUUGCGGCGGCCGGCGGGUUUGCGCGGCCCAUCCUGCACGGGCUGUGCGCGUACGGCUACGCGUGCCGGCACGUGCUGCGCCGCUACGCGGGCGGCGACGUCGCGCGCUUCCGUACGAUGAAGGCGCGCUUCGCGCGGCCCGUGCUGCCCGGCCAGACGCUGCGCACGGAGAUGUGGCGGCGCGGAGAACGCGUGCACCUGCGCUGCGUCGUCGACGAGACGGGCGAGGCCGCGCUGACGGGAGCGUAUGUCGACCUCGUAGCGGACGACCCAGGGUCAGGGCCCACCGCGAAGCUGUGA